AGUGCUGUGACUCCUCUUCCCUAUAAGAAGAUGCAGGAAGUGACUCUGCAGACUCCGAGUCUUCUGCUGUAAUGUGACCUGACGUCAGCUGGCAUGGCGGGUGAGACAUUGUGCCGCCACGUUUAACCCUCUCCUUAUGCAGUAAGAAUGGGCAGAAAGGGUUAAAUGACGGAAUGGAUGAAGCUCCGGGGCCGCUGUUCACCUUUGGGGUCAUCGCUGACAUCCAAUACGCAGACAAGGACGACGGGUAUAAUUAUGUGCAGACGAGGGUCCGGUAUUACCGCAGCAGCUUGUCUUUACUACAAGACGCUACACGAGAAUGGGCCUCGGAAAACGCCCCCCCGGCCUUCAUCCUCCAGCUUGGUGACAUCAUCGAUGGCUUUAAUGUCCCUCUGGAGGCUUCGGAGUCGUCGCUGACAAAAGUUCUGGCAGAGUUUGAAAAGCUGAAGAUCCCCGUCCACCAUAUUUGGGGGAAUCACGAAUUCUACAACUUCAGCAGGAAGCAGCUGAUGGAAUCAAAACUGAACAGCAUGCAGCUGGGGGACCCCUGGGUCACAUCUCCGGGGGGCCGCCAUGACCCCCGGGUCACAUCUCCGGGGGGCCGCCAUGACCCCCGGGUCACAUCUCCGGGGGGCCGCCAUGACCCCCGGGUCACAUCUCCGGGGGGCCGCCAUGACCCCCGGGUCACAUCUCCGGGGGGCCGCCAUGACCCCCGGGUCACAUCUCCGGGGGGCCGCCAUGACCCCCGGGUCACAUCUCCGGGGGGCCGCCAUGACCCCCGGGUCACAUCUCCGGGGGGCCGCCAUGACCCCCGGGUCACAUCUCCGGGGGGCCGCCAUGACCCCCGGGUCACAUCUCCAGGGGGCCGCCAUGACCCCCGGGUCACAUCUCCAGGGGGCCGCCAUGACCCCUGGGUCACAUCUCCGGGGGACCCCGAGUCAUUCUACGCUUAUCAUUUCAGUCCUUUCCCCAAAUUCCGGAUCCUCCUGAUUGACUCUUAUGACUUCAGCGUCAUCGGAAGAGAUUCGUCAAGCCACAAGUAUGUCAAGUCCUUAAAAGUUCUGAAGCAGAAGAAUAAAAAUGCAGAUUUGAACAGCCCUACAGAUCUCGAUGAUCCCCAAUUUGUUCAGUUUAAUGGCGGGAUCAGCGGCGAUCAGUUGGAUUGGAUUGAUGUCAUUCUCCAGUCUUCAGAUAUAAAUGGAGAGAAAGUCAUGGUGGCCGGACAUCUCCCGAUCUUCCCUCCCUCCACAGACCCCAUAUGUCUCACGUGGAACUACAAGGAGGUCCUGUCCAUGUUACAGGCCCAUCCUUCCGUGGUGGCCUAUUUUUCUGGACACGACCACGACGGGGGUUACAGCCGAGACCCGCAUGGAAUUCACCACAUUACCUUCCACGGCAUUAUAGAGACUCCACCAGACAGCCGGGCCUUCUCCACCAUGGAGAUCUACGAGGACAGGAUGGAGCUCCGGGGGCGGGGCCUCGUCCCACACAGGACUUUGAUCUACAGGAAGAACCAGGACACCGACCCACAAAUGACACAAACGCAAUAAAUGAUUCCGAAGACGCCCAGAGGGCGACCAUC